UUUUUUCUUUUUUUUUUUUUUGAUUCCAUCGCAAUUUUGUUUGAAAAACUUUUCCCCCAAUUCUUAUUCAUCCAUCCUCUCCAGAUAAAUACGAAAAAAAACAAUUUUCAUACCGCCACCCAAUUUUUUGCUUGAAUCAUCCCGCCGCCACAUGUUCCGCCAUGUAAAUUUGUUGUGGUUAAUUAAUUGAUUGAUUAAUUGAUUAAUUGAUCACGCACUGACCAAUCGGUUCGAUUGAAUUUUGGAUGUCUGAUAAAGAACGGCCGAGAGCUGACGACGGCGGCGGCGGCGGAGGAGGAGGAAGCGGCGGCGUAGAUGACGAAGACGACGGAGAAGAGACCACAGAAUCGGUGGACUCGAGUGAGAAAACGUGCGCAGGCUGUGACAGAAAGGGCAACAAGAGGUCCUUUUUCCGGCUGAGAAAGGGGAAGAAGCCGGCGAGCCAGAAGAGGAAGCAGAAGGGCAUUUAUGUAAAUUCAGGUUGCUGGAUGACUAGGGUAGGCCGUGGUAGCACGUGCUUGAGCCGGCCACGGGUCGCUGUUGAUUCGUCGGGUGAGUCACCUACAAGUGACCCUAACAGUCCGGAGUUCACUUUUGAAUGAAAAGCCUUAACAUAAUGCAGAAAGAAAGAUGGAUAUGAAAUAUACAAUCAUAUGAAAGACUAGUCGAUUCUCGAUGGUUGCAUUUGGGAUGGAACCUAGAAACGAAAGCCCGAUGAGUUCGAGCUUGCCAAAUUUAACUCGACCUCGAGCUUGAAAGAUCUGGCUAGCUCGAUUCGUUUCAACCCUUAAUUAGUCUGAGCUGUGAAUGAAUUUAUCGACCCAACAAUUAUCAGCAAUUGUGGGUUAAUUGCAAGCGAGUCGAAAUUUUGAUAUUAUGUAUAAUUUAAGUUGUUUAACUAAAAUAUUUAUUUUCGUGAAAUCGAGAGCGAUUCUAGUUAUGUGGUCAACCCGGUUAAACACGGCGGUCGAAACACCGUUGGGAACUUGAAUAUUCGGCUAGGCUUUGUGUAAGUAUGAUGAAACCUACAUACUCUUGCAUUCAUAUCUUCCUGGCGAAAAAAAAAAUCGUUGGCCCGUUUGGCGGUGUGGGCUCAUACGCAUCAGCAUAUACAAGAAUAAAAAUCGUUAGCUCGUUUGGGAUUGUCAAACCCUCUCGGACCCUAGACAACCACUACUCCAUUAAGGAGAGUAAUUUGUUAAAUGAAUAAACGACACGUGUAAUGAGUGCAUGAUUCAUGCUCCAGUUUAUUAUUUUUUGAUGUUAAUUUUGAUUGAGGCAUGUUA